AAGUUUAUUCUGUUCGUGUCUUUGUGUGUUUGUUCAUUUAUGUGUUGCUAUUUUACGGCAUUAAUGCUGAAUAUCAGCAACUCAAACUAAAGCAGUUCUGUUUAAUUCGUCUGCAGCUUCGUCUUCUUGUUCUGUUUCUCAACACGAGGGCAGAACAUUUCUCUCCAGAAAGCUUUUUCUGUCCUUCCUUCUUCUAAACAUCAGAAACUCGUUCAGCCUGAUUUGGGGCAGAUCCCGGAGUCACCUGAGAGAAAGUUCACGCUGUGAUUAAAUCUGUAUUAAAUCUCGCUCUCGUAAAGCUGCUGAGAUUGAUUUAUCUGCAGUUUCUUCGGCAGCGUUAUGGCGGUAAACCUGAGUAAAAACGGAGCUUCACUCUCAGCUGCUUAUAGUGAAGUAGUGAACAGGAGUGCAGACACAGACUGGGUUUUAUUCACAUAUGAAGGAAACAGCAAUGACAUUCAAGUAGCAGGAAAAGGAGAUGGAGGUCUGGAGGAGAUGGUUCAGGAGUUUAACAGCGGGAAGGUGAUGUACGGGUUCUGCAGAGUUCUGGACCCCAGCUCUGGAGUCUCCAAACUGAUUCUGAUAAACUGGACAGGUGAGGGAGUGAAGGGCGUGCGAAAGGGAAUCUGUGCCAACCAUGUCCAGUCAAUGGCCAAUUUCUUGAGGGGCGCUCAUGUGACAGUGAACGCUCGCUCAGAGGAUGAUGUCGAUCCUGGCGUGAUCAUGAAAAAAGUCUCUAAAGCAACUGGAGUGAAUUACAGCUUUCACAGAGAGAACGCCACCACUAACAACUCCAACUAUAUUGAACCUCCUGGCUUUAUGCGCUCCGUCUGUCAGAAGAUCAGCGCUGCUGACGAAAUUAAAAACACAGACAGGGAGAGUUUCUGGGCACAAGCAGAGCGCGAGGAGAAGAACCGGCGGCUGCAGGAGCGAAAGAGAGCAGAGGAGGAGCGGCAACGUUUAGAGGAGGAGAGAAAACAGCAAGAAGCUCGAGAGUCAGCUGAGAGAGAGCGAAGACAGAGAGAGAGACACAAACAGAUAGAGCAGCAGAGAUCUUUUGAAAAGAAGCUGGAAGCAGAGAUUAAAGAUCGUCAGGAACAUCAGGAAUAUCAGAAGCAACAGCGCUCCGUCUAUCAGAAGACCAGUGCUGCGGACGAAAUUAAAAACACAGACAGGGAGAGUUUCUGGGCUCAGGCAGAGCGCGAGGAGAAGAAUCGUCGGCUGCAGGAGCGAAAGAGAGCAGAGGAGGAGCUGCAACGUUUAGAGGAGGAGAGAAAACAGCAGGAAGCUCGAGAGUCGGCUGAGAGAGAGCGAAGGCAGAGAGAGAGACACAAACAGAUAGAGCAGCAGAGAUCUUUUGAAAAGAAGCUGGAAGCAGAGAUUAAAGAUCGUCAGGAACAUCGGGAAUAUCAGAAGCAGCAGCGCUCCGUCUACCAGAAGAUCAGUGCUGAGGAUGAAAUUAAAAACACAGACAGGGAGAGUUUCUGGGCUCAGGCAGAGCGCGAGGAGAAGAAUCGUCGGCUGCAGGAGCGAAAGAGAGCAGAGGAGGAGCUGCAACGUUUAGAGGAGGAGAGAAAACAGCAAGAAGCUCGAGAGUCGGCUGAGAGAGAGCGAAGGCAGAGAGAGAGAAACAAACAGAUAGAGCAGCAGAGAUCUUUUGAAAAGAAGCUGGAAGCAGAGAUUAAAGAUCGUCAGGAACAUCGGGAAUAUCAGAAGCAGCAGCGCUCCGUCUACCAGAAGAUCAGCGCUGAGGAUGAAAUUAAAAACACAGACAGGGAGAGUUUCUGGGCUCAGGCAGAGCACGAGGAGAAGAAUCGGCGGCUGCAGGAGCGAAAGAGAGCAGAGGAGGAGCUGCAACGUUUAGAGGAGGAGAGAAAACAGCAGGAAGCUCGAGAGUCGGCUGAGAGAGAGCGAAGGCAGAGAGAGAGACACAAACAGAUAGAGCAGCAGAGAUCUUUUGAGAAGAAGCAGGAAGAGGAGAUUAAGGAGCGUAAGGAGCAGGAGGAGCGUGAGCGACAGUCCGUCCAGCAGAAAGGCAUAAGAAGCACUAAGUCUGUUCAGACAGCUAAUGAAGCUGCAGCCAUCAUCUCUCAGAGAGCUGUGAACCCCAGAGAUCUGUUCAGAGAGAAGGAGAGAAAUAUGACCACUAACGGAACUCUGAACUCACCUAGCCAGCCAGGACGUCUGAAGAGCCCAUUUUUCACACAGUCCUUCAGCUAUAACACACCCACCCACAAGAAAUCCCAUAAUUCCUCUCCAGCCUCCAGGCCCCCUGCCCACACUGCCCCGACUUUUCCACAGCAGGAUUCAGAGCUGUUCUCUGAUGACCUGUUCAACACUGAGCACAAUGAAGAAUCAGACGAGGAGUGGCAAGAUUCUGAUGACGAGGUUUUAUACCAGAAUGAGCUUUCUGAGGAGAACAUCUAUGAUCAGGUUCCUUCAAAUCAGCCCCCAUACCAAACAGUUCACCAGAUGGAGGAGUUUCCUGAAGGUCAGGGUGUCUGUGUGAGGACGCUGUACGACUAUCAGGCUGUGGACGAGACGGAAAUCACCUUUGAACCUGGUGAUAUCAUCACUGAAGUAGCAAUGUUGGAUGAGGGCUGGUGGCAAGGUCGCGCUCCUGAUGGGCAUCAUGGGAUGUUUCCUGCCAAUUAUGUGGAGCUCAUUUAAAUCUGCAUUUCUGGAAAACUCUUCAGUAAAAUUGUCCAAAUCUGCAGUUUGAUCAAUAAUGUUUAAUAACGUUUAAUAAGAGCCAAUUGAUUAAUCUCUGAAACAACAAAUUUAUUUGAAUAUUGUUUUAAUCUGACUGCCAUCACACAUGCGCCCUCUGAGAAUCAUUUAUAACUGUAUUUCUGUAUUUCUGCUCAU